UCGAGGUAUGUUUCGCUCCUCUGGGGCGGUGUCAGCGGCUAUGUCUAGCCGUGGAAACCGGAAUGCAGCCAGUGCCAACCAGGAUUAUGAAAUUAUUUUACCUGCUCUACCAACCGGUCGUAUUGUUUUAAAUACUGUAUUUUUUCAUGCGGAUGUUCGUGGAAGGCCCUACCGUGUCGAAGAUAUUCGUGAUGCACUGGGUGCUUUGGCAAUGCUCCCUGACGUUGAAGCGUUAGGGGCAUUCCAAAUGAACCAUGUGUGGGCGGUCACGCUGAAGACUACGGAGGCUAAGAAUAGGUUGCUUUCUGCAACUGAAGUGAUCGUGAAGGAGCGCCGUUGUCUCGUCGUAGAUCCAAACAACCAAGAUGUUCGACUAAAGCUGCAUUGGGUCCUUCACUAUGUGGACGACGAAGACAUACGGACCGCGUUUGCACCCUACGGAAGAGUCACCGAAGUCGCAAGAGAGCGAUGGCGAACGGAAGGGUUGUCGGACAAAGGCUCUACUACGCGUAUUAUCAGUCUUCAGCUCAAGGCAGGCUACACGAAGGAAGACAUCCCACAUCAACUACGAGUGGCAGGUGACCUGACAUUGGUCGUGGUGGCUGGAAGAGCUCCACUCUGCCUACGGUGUAAAGGGACUGGCCACAUACGACGCGAAUGUCGUGCUCCUCGGUGCGCGUUGUGCAGACGUUUUGGCCACGCUGAGGAAGAGUGCGUGAAGACUUAUGCGAAGGUCACAGGCCGAUCUGCGUGGGACGACAACGCAGAGCUACAAAUGGACGAAUCGGAAGCUGAGGAUGUUUCUACCAGCAAGACCAGAGAACCCGAACAAGAGGAAACGCCCCCUUCGUCGCAUUCACCCAACGUUAACAAAGAGGAAGAGGAUAACGGUGAGCAAGUUGUACAACCUGCGCUGCCUCCCACGUCGAAUACCAGCGCGUCCAACAGUUCAGGGAAAAAACCCACCAAGAGUCAGUCAAUGCCUCUAGAGAAAUCCGAAGAUGUCAACAUGAAGGAUUCGAGGACCGGUGCAGGGAAGAGAACACGCGAGGAAACAGCAGCAGCGAACGCGGCCUCAAACGAGCCCACUGUCAGCGAGCCACCCACUAAAGCGGCCCAAGGACGCCGCACAAGCUUCAAGCCAAAGCCCAACGUACCACCGGACCGUCAUUUUCCGGGGGGCACGUAG